UUUGAAGCGCGCCCAUUUAGAAUAUUGGCGACCGCCUAUCUCGAAAGUUGGCAGCAGUAAAGGCUUGUCCGCGCAAAAACACACUCGCAUACACAAAAUAAAUUAAAAUAUCUUGCCGUAUAAGCGAAUUUGGAUCACAACGAAUUGAACAACAGUAAAAUGCAGGACCAAAAUCUAAAGGAUUUUCUUAAAGAGUUCAUCAUCAGCGACUCACAACUACAAGAAGUAUACAAACGAUUCACUGCCGAAAUACGUAAGGGCCUGUCACAGGCUACACACAAACAAGCGGAUACAAAAUGUUAUAUGACUUAUGUGCAAGAUUUGCCAACCGGUGAUGAGAAAGGCAAUUAUUUAGCUUUGGAUCUGGGUGGCACAAAUUUUCGAGUUUUGCGUGUGGCACUUAAGGGGCAUCAUGAAGCAGAAAUCAAUUCUAAAGUGUAUGCGGUACCCAAAGAAAUCAUGACAGGUUCGGGUACACAACUUUUCGAUCACAUUGCUAAUUGUUUGGCGGAGUUCGUUAAUGAACAUUCACUAGGUGAUCAACAUUUGCCACUUGGUUUCACAUUUUCAUUUCCCUGCAUACAAUUGGGUCUAACUAAAGGACUGCUGGUACGCUGGACAAAGGGUUUCCAGUGUGCUGGUGUGGAAAAAGAGGAUGUGGGGCGUUUGUUGAAAGAAGCUAUAGCACGACGUGGAGAUUUAGUGAUCGAAGUGAUGGCAAUACUGAACGAUGCUACUGGUACUCUCAUGUCCUGCGCUCAUCGGAACCCAGAAUGUCGCAUUGGUGUUAUUAUCGGUACCGGUUGUAAUGCUUGCUAUGUGGAGCGUGUGGAAAAUGCUGAGUUAUUAGAACCAGAAUACAAAAUUGAUAAGCCCAAUAUAUUAGUGAAUACAGAAUGGGGUGCUUUUGGCGAAAAUGGGCAACUAGAGUUCGUGCGCACCGAUUACGAUCGCAAAGUUGAUAAAUACUCGCUGAAUGCGGGUACACAACUGUUUGAAAAAAUGAUAUCAGGAAUGUACCUCGGUGAGUUAGUGCGUCUGGUGCUACACGAUGCCAUUCAAAAAAACCUAAUAUUUGUGCGUAACACCGUCAAACAUCAUUUCAUUAAUAUCCUUGAAAAAGACAUUGGUUGUAUUGAAACUCGUUUCAUAUCGGAAAUUGAAAACGAUAGCUUUCCCGAUUUCCAACAAACACGCAACAUACUCAAAGAACUGUUUGGCUUGGAAAAAGCCUCGGUGGAGGACUGUCAAAAACUCAGAUAUAUUUGCGAGUGUAUUUCAAAGCGUGCAGCCAAAUUGGUUGCAGUAGGCUUAAGUAGCUUAAUAAAUAAAAUUGCCGAGCCACAUGUAGUGGUAGGUGUAGAUGGAUCCGUCUACCGGUUUCAUCCUCACUUCGAUUUCUAUAUGCGAGAAACCAUGCAUAAAUUGGUAAAUCCGAAAACGCGAUUCGAACUAAUGCUUUCAGAGGAUGGUUCCGGGCGUGGUGCGGCACUGGUGGCAGCAGUGGCCAGCAAAAAUUAAAUGUAUUUUUGUUUAUACGUAAUAUCUUUACUCGAUAACAAAUAAACAGUUAAUAAAAGAUGUUAUAAAUACA